GGCGACCCCGCGGGGCUGAGGCGACGCCGCACCCGGCAGCCUGAGCGCCCAGCCGGCCUUGACCCGGAGCUCCGAGCCGCGAGCGCCGCCGCGCCCUCCGCCGGCCCCACCCAUCCGGACAGCGGCCAUGGCCGAGACCGAGGAGCGGAGCCUGGACAACUUCUUCGCCAAGAGGGACAAGAAGAAGAAGAAGGAACGGAGCAGUCGGGCGGCCAACGCGGCGAGCGGCGCGGGCGGGAGCAGCGCGGCGGCGGGCUCCAGGCCGGGCGACGGCGGGAGCUUGGGCUCCGGUGCCAGGUCGGGAGACGGCGGGGGCUCGGGCUCCGGUGGCAGGUCGGGCGACGGCGGGAGCUCGGGUUCCGGUGCCAGGUCCGGAGACGGCGGGAGUUCGCGGUCGGGAGACGGCGGGAGCGCGGGCCCCGCCGGCAAGGCCGUAUCGAAGGAUGAAAAUGAGUGGAAAGAAUUUGAGCAAAAAGAGGUUGAUUACAGCGGAUUAAGAGUUCAGGCAAUGCAAAUAAGUGAAAAGGAAGACGACGAUAAUGAAAAGAGAGAAGAUCCAGGAGAUAAUUGGGAAGAAGGUGGAGGUGGCAGUGGAGCAGAAAAAUCUUCAGGUCCCUGGAAUAAAACUGCUCCGGUCCAAGCACCUCCCGCCCCAGUAACAGUUACAGAAACCCCGGAGCCAGCAAUGCCUAGUGGUGUAUAUAGGCCUCCUGGGGCAAGGCUAACCACCACAAGGAAAACGCCACAAGGACCACCAGAAAUAUACAGUGACACACAGUUCCCAUCCCUGCAGUCCACUGCCAAGCAUGUAGAGAGCCGGAAAUACUGAGCCUUCGCAAGGUUGACUACCUCAGAUUUGCUGCACUUACUUGUGGAUUUCAUGUGGAUCACAACUUCUACAUAAGGUUACAGCUAUUAGUGUCUGUGUGAACCUUGAAACCAACUCUACUGGAUUCCUGUCAAAGCCUUCAGAAGUCAGCCAUCUGGGUUCUGAUCCGCUGUAAAAGAUGAAGAGUUAAGUGACCUUAAUUAACCUGUUCUGUGCCCCAUCCUAAGGAAUACUCUAUAGGCUGUGGCUAUGUUAGAUUUCCUGGAACAAGCCGCUGUCAGAAAUGAUGUGUUUGGAUCAUCUGUGUGGGGCUUAUGAUUUAUAAUUUAAGUUUUUAGUUGUACGAGGCAACUGGAUUUAAUUUAACCAACCUUGGGUCCACCAAAUGGCGAGUGAGGGUAGUCUUGUUUCUUUGAAUAGUUUUGCACUCAGAUAGUGCUUGUUCGGUUCCACAUUAAGGGCUUGCUUUGACUUGGAGUAAGUUCUUUAAGGGCAUAUUGUGUAGAGAAAUAGUCUGAAAGAAGCAUUGGAAUUGUGAAAUACCCUAUGAAUUUGCCAAUCCUUAGGUGGAACCAGAUCGCCUUUGAUACAUAUAAAGGACAGCGGAUCCGCUCCACUCCAGGUGCUGCUCAAGCCUCCUAAUCAGGUCUAAAUUGAACUGCUGUGGACGGAGUGUGGGGUCUGCUCAGGAGAGGGUUUCACUGACCUGGCUUUUAACAGUUCAAAGCAACAGGAGCAAAACACCAAGGUGUGCAUGAAUCUGGCAUGGUGUCUGAUAAAUCCUUGUGUUGUCCCAAAUUCGAAGGUUAUGGGCUAUUCUGUAGAUCCGUUCAUUGUUUAGCCAGCUCUUGACAUUCACCUUGGGAGUAUGUUUGGUAUUCACUUGGAGAGGCAGGGGAAUAGCCAGUAAUGUAGCACUUCUGUUGUUAGUAAUUGCAAUUUAACUAUCUAGUAGUACUUGGCUCUUAGAGGUUACUGCUAAAUUUCUUUCCACCUAAUGAAAUAGCCUGUCAAUUGUCUACUUUCAUGCCACUACAAAUGGUUCAGUACACAUACUCUAUAUUGGCAUAUGACUAUGUGACACGAUGGCAGUGCCUGGAUUUCUCUCUGUAAAUGAAUCCCUUUGCCAAACACAGUUCAGACUUGCUUACUACUGACAGGAGUAGAAUGGUAAUGGGGGACAUUUUCCCAGCUUGAGAGCAUGUCUUUCAGUUUAGUGGAUUAGUGCAGCAGUGUGGGAAGCAGGAGGUGUAGGCCAAUGUCUCCUGACCAGACUGUAUGCCACUUCUGGGCAAUAAUGUUGGCAUGGUCUGACCCAGCCGGGAGGAGGCUGCGUCAUUAGAAGCUUGAGACUCUUAAUUAAACUGAAGACGUAAUUUGGGCACCAGAAACCUUAACAAGUAAUCUCACACCUUGAGCCAAACUUCCCUUAAAGUAUGCUUUACCCCAGCUAGACACACAUACACAAAUUCUGUUUGGGGUUAUAGUUUAAGAAGUGAACAGAGACAUGAUGAAGUUUGUUUAAUAGCAUACUGUACUGGAACGCUGAAGACCUGCAGCAGAUGUAAAUUCCAAGUCUUGUUAUAAUUUUUUAAGAUUGUGAAAUUAUCAAAUGCAUAUGAAUCAAGUUUUAAUACACUGUCUGGGUGGAUGAGGCUGUCCAUUGCACCAUUUCUUUCUUUGGGUUCUCAGGCAUGGUUCUGACAGUGUAAGAACUCUGUAACAUUUAACAUUGAAUAAACCGUAAACCUAUG